AUGGAUAUUGCAAGCGGAAAUAUUGGCAGUUCAGAUGACGAGCAAAAAGCUUCGACUUGUCACGAGAAAGGAAGGAUAUAUCAUCGUCACACGACUCACCAAAUACAAACCCUGGAAGCAUUUUUCAAGUCAUGUGCUCACCCGGACGAAAACCAGAGACGAGAGUUGAGCAAGGAACUUGGUUUGGAACCUAAACAAAUCAAGUUUUGGUUUCAAAACAAAAGAACUCAAACCAAGGCUCGAAAGGAACGAGCAGAGAACUCAAUUCUUCGAGCAAGCAAGGAAAGUUUGCUUUAUGAAAACCUUGCAAUGAGAGAGGCAUUGGCUAAAACGGUUUGUGUAUGUUGUGGUAGUCCACUGCUCCCAGAACCGCAAGCUGGUCAUGGCCUGCACCAACUGGCAUUGGAAAAUACCCAAGUGAAACAAGAGCUUGAGAAGCUUACCAAACUUCUUGCCAAUUAUAUUAACAUGCAUGUCCAUCACUGA